AUGGCAGCUCUGCAAGCGUAUCCUGAUAUUUCAAAGUCGACCGGUGCCGGCCCAGGUCAAUUCGAUCUGAUAGUCCUCGAUCCACCAUGGCCAAAUCGCUCGGUGAGACGUUCGGGCAAGUAUCGAGAAACGAACCCCUUCGAUGGUCCAUUUAAUUCACUCACCACUUCCUUGGGUCGGCAUAUUGCACCUGGCGGGCUCGUUGCCUGCUGGAAUACAAAUAAGGAAUCAGUUGGUAAUGAAACAUUGAAUCUCUUCGCAGCUUGGGGCUUGGAGCUCAUCGAGGAGUGGGCUUGGCUGAAAGUGACGAUCAAUGGCCAACCUGUCAUCGAUCUCAGUGGCUUUUGGCGAAAGCCGUACGAGCUUUUGUUGAUUGGGCGGCGACCACUCGAGGCGGGUCAUGAAACAAGACAAGGUCUGAGGGAGAACAAUAAUGUUGUGAAGAGGGUCGUAGCCGCAGUGCCGGAUCUUCACUCUCGUAAGCCAAAUCUGAAGGGAGUCCUGAGGCAAACACUGCUGGAAAACGUGUCCGAAUACAGAGCGCUGGAGAUUUUUGCGCGAAACCUCACAGCAGACUGGUGGGCGUGGGGAGACGAAACCUUGAAAUAUAAUAACAGCCAUGCAUGGAGCCAGACCUCUCAAGACGGAUCAUUCAAUCGCUUUAAGACCACUGACGAUGACAUACAUUAG